ACUAAAUGUGCAUUACUAAUACCAAUUUUAAAAGCUUACACAAUUUUGGAAAUUUAAAAUUUUUUUUUAUAUUAAAAUUGAAUAAUAAUCACAUAAAAUGAUUCAACAACAGCGACAGCGUAUUGAACAAGCCGUAACCGAAAUGAUUGAUGACAUGGAUAAGACUCAUUUACGUAAAAUACAGGUAGAUAUGCAUAAAUGUGCUGCAAAAUGUUGUGAAGAUGUCGAAGCCAGUGUUGAAAGUGUUCAACGUUGUGUUGAACGAUGUUCCAAACCUUUCAAUCGGGCGCAAAAUUAUGUGCAUCAUGAAUUAGGGGAAUUUCAAGAUCGCCUUCAAAGAUGCGUUAUGCAAUGCAACGAUGAUGUUAAAGUAAAAAUGUCAGCUAGUCCUUCGGCGGAUGAAGUAGCGAAACACACAGAUCAGUUUGAACGUUGCGCAGUUAAGUGUGUAGACAAGCAUGUGGGUUUACUCUCAACCAUGAUGAAGACAAUGAAAUCUGUUUUGGCUAAAGGACCCGAUCAUAUACCUCAAAUACAAUAACACAUUCGUCCAUAUAUAAUCAUUAACAUUGAUUCGGUUCUUUACUUCUAAAGAAUGGAAAAUAAACGACAGCGAUAUAUUUUAUGUUUAUUUUAAAAUGUUA